CAGAAUGAUUACACAUAAAAGUCACGAGCACCCAUUAGCAUUCCUACUAAGGCCAACCUCUUUCUUUUGCAAUCUUUGUCGCAUGGAACACAAAGAUUCAUCAUAUGUAUGUGUUACUUGUCAGUUUUGGAUUCACAAGAGAUGUGCUUUGUUACCUACCACCAUCAGCCGUACGGAUCACCAUCACCCUCUCAUUCUCGAGAAGUUGGAUAAGUUCACCCAAUUCGAUACAGACUGUUAUAUAUGUGAUGAGCGUAUUAAUCGAUUUUAUUGGGCUUAUUACUGUUUCCGAUGCAGAUGUUCUAUUCAUGUGAAGUGCUCAUCAACUUCAUCUUCAACACCUUUGAGGGAUCUAGAAAGUGAGAUUAUGGAUCAGAAAGACCACGAUCUUGAUGUACUACACUUGCCGAUGAACUGUUUUGUUGAACAUCUCCUCCUUGAAAAAAUUGAGGACGAACCAAUGAUCAGCCAUUGGAGCCAUGAGCAUCAGCUAACACUUUUCAAAGUGCAAAAUGACAAUGAGACAAACAAUGAUAACACAAUAUUAUGUGAUAGCUGUGUACAACCGAUUUCACAUCCAUUUUAUUGUUGUACACAAUGCGUUUAUUUUCUCCACUUAAAUUGUGCCAACUUACCACCAGAGAUACAACACCCACUUCACCAACACCCGAUUCAGCUCUCAAACUUUAGUGAAUUCUAUCGGCUCACCGGUUGCGAAGCUUGCGUGUCAUACAACAACGGUUUCUUCUACAAGUGUGACACGUGUAAAUCCUUCGCCAUUGAUGUUAAAUGUGCUCUCCUGCCCGCCUCUAUUGUACAUGAAGCUCACAAGCACUCCCUAUGUCAGAGAAACAAUACAUGGGAUGAGAAUGGAUAUUGCAGUGCAUGUGGACUCUAUUUUUAUAAUCACGGGUUCGGAUGUAAGGAUUGCAAUUUCCGUCUAUGCUGUAAUUGUGCUCUACUCCCUAAAACCGUCGAGCAUAGAUGGGAUAGACAUUCCCUCAUCCUUACCUAUCCUCCUAUCUUUGAUCAUCCCCAAGAUUUCUAUUGUGAAAUUUGCGAGGAAGAAAUAAAUACCAGGGAGUGGAUCUACCAUUGUCGAGAAUGUGAUCAAUCUUUUCAUCUUCAAUGUAUUCAUCGUAUAUAUCGAAAUGUCAAGUUUGGAGGCAGCCGUGAGUUUAAAGAUCACCAACACCCUCUCAAGUUUCUUCAAAAUGCAAUGAAACAGUUCACGUGUUGUCGUUGUGGUAAGCUUUCUAGGGAUGAUCCCGUACUUGAAUGUCUAGAGUGCUACUAUAUGCUUUGCAUAAAUUGUAUGGAAAUUCAUGAUGAGUAG